AUGCUUAUGCUGCUUCCUGCUGCACUUGUGCUCCUCGGCUUCGCUUUCCCAGCAGACCCGCGGGGACGGGGGCCCCCAGGCCCGGGCCCCCCGGGGCCCCCAACGGUGGGCCCCAAGCCGUCUGCAGCGUCUGCUGGAGGGGCCCCCACGGGCUCGCGUGAGGGGGGGCCCCCCCACUGGGUACAGAACAGCAAGGCGGCCGUGGGAUCAGAUGUGUUUCUUACAGCGAAGUAUGUGUUUUUGGUGGGGUUGUUCCUCAUAGAUAUUCCUGGGCUGGGGUUCCGGCUGGCUGCGCUGAUGCAUGGGGGCCCCCUACAGGGGGGCCCCCUAUUGUGCCCUUUGCUGCUUAAAAAUUUCGUAUGGGUCGUGCUGAGGCCCCUGCGCAUGCACCAGUGUGUCUUAGCAGAGAAAGAAGAGUCUCAGUGGCUGCAGCGAGAGGUCCUUACUGUUGCAGCAGAUGCAUUGCUGCAGCCUGCUGCUGCUGCUGCAGCAGCAGCUGCUGCUGCUGCUGCAACACCCCCUUCUCUGCUCAUGGGGACCAAUGGCCUCGCUUCUGGUGCUGCUGCUCCGCCUCCUCCAGAAGCACCACAAGAAGCUACUGCAGCAGCAGCAGCAGCAGCAGCAGCAACCGCAACACGUCGGAGGACUACCAGCAGAAGAAGAAAGAGGGCCUCAGUAGCAGCAGCUCAACAGGAGCUGCCUAAACAAGGGGGAGAGGAUUUCACACCUGCAGCAGCAGGAGCAAAGGAGGUUGCUGCUGCUGCUGCUGCUGCUGUCAAUGAGAGACAGCAGGCCUUCUUGCUGCACCUGUUCGGCCUGUCUCCUGCUGCUCACCCCACAAGCCUUGAGCUGUCUCUCAGCUCGCCAGCAGCAGAAGCAACAGAUGUGCUGCUCCAAGGGCCUGGUUCCCCUGGCACUGGAGAGACCCGCCAUGCAGCAGCAGCAGCAGCAGCAGCAGCAGCAGAGGGGAAAGCAAGGCGAUCAGCUUCAACUCUAUCAGACGCCCAGCAGCAGAGAGCACACAGGAGGCCCCUGGAGGCCCUCCUGACAUACAAGCCGCGGCGCUUCCUGCGGAUGCUGGGUAUCUGCAUCUGCUGCUGCUGCUGCUGCAGCAGCAGCAGCAGCAGCAGCAGCAAGAGGUGGAGAAGCUUCAAAGAAACAGCUGCUGAGACCCACGACGGCAAAGGCCCUCAAUACUGA